GGACAAUGAGACCGUGGAGUAUGGACGACUAGGUCAUAUUUUCAAUUUUCAAUUUUACAUCGUCAGAGAGAAAUCAGAAUAAUAUUUUUGUAAUUUGUGGAAUGGACUCUGAUUUCAUUUAUGCAUAUACAGUUAUUCCCGUCUUUUUAUAAUAUAUCAGUAUAGCUAUUUGCAUCUGCUUUAAUUUUCUUCUGCAGUAAACUCCAUAUUUCAAAGUGUAUAAUUACUUCCCCAAACCUAAGAAUGCCUUUGCCUAGUGCGCAAUACGACUUGACAGUGUUUUGAUGGUAUUUUGUGGUUCGCGAGUGUUAAAAUCUAAUAAUAAUGGCGAAUCCUAGGAAAUUUAGUGAAAAAAUUGCUCUCCACAAUCACCGUCAAGCUGAGGAAACUGCAGCAUUCGAACAAAUCAUGAAAGAAGUGAUAGAAGUAACCGCGAAGGAUGAACCAUCCAGUUCGAACAAGCUGCCAGCUUACAGGCCGGAGAUACGAAGCAGAGCACGUUCCCAAUGCGGCCCUUCGAGGAAAACACACGACCGACGAUUGGACACGUCCCCUUACUAUUUGAGCCCACCGACUGAUACUGGCUGGAGGCGCGUCAAUAGUGAUUCAGCCCUACACCAGAGUACCAUGCAGGGAAUGGCGGAUAGGAAUAACGACGUCUCCUCUAGAGGCUGGAAUAUUCCAAUGAUGAAUGGCCCUGACCGAAACCUUGACCCUAGACCGAGGUCUAGCUGUGACAUACCUUCUGCUUCUUCUCGAGUACCUGGAAUUAGCAUAUACCCGUCAGCACAUGAUCCAAGUAUGAUUCAAAUACCCAUGGCUAAUACAGGUUCCUUACCUGACUUGACAAACGUUGAUUUUUCGUCGCCAAUACAUGCACCUCUUGAUCAAGACCACGAUAGUUCACCCUAUAGUUCUAGUCCUGUAAAUACUAGCCCUUCCGCACUAUCUCCCACAAGUAUAACACUGGGAAUGCGGUCACAAGGUAGAUUUCAGUUUACACCUGCUUCUCAAGCACAUUCGAAUCAGUUAACUGUACCGUUUAGCGCUAGAUAUCAUCAGCAACAACAGGUAGGAAAGAAUAUCCAAUUAGAUAAUAAUCUAGCGAAUUCAGUGGACUCGAAUAAUUUCACACAUUUGCAAGGAAUGUCUGGUGUGUACCAUCAACAAUGUUCACCAAGUUCACCAUCACCAACGUUACAACAAGCCGCUUACAGAAGUCCACGACCGAGUCCGCAGUCGUCACCGAGUCCUGUGGGUCGCCAUUCAGCUCCUUGCAGCCCUGGAGCUCCAAGUCCCCUACCCAACGAAUUCCAUAAUCUACUUAAUCAACAAGCCACACAGUUUCAACAACAUUUUGAACAAUUAUCAGUGCUUGAUCCCCCAACAUCAUACGUCGAUACGACUGGUGCACAACAAAUGACUCAAUCAAUACCUUCUUCGACGAUAUCAGACGGAAGCUGUAUUGGAAACAUCGAGAUGGCAUCGGAUGCUGGCUAUUACAGCACAUCACCACAGCAACAACUGGCCUUUCCUUCUACGUCCCCAGGACUUCACACCACCCCUAAUACUCCCACUAGUUUGCCUGAAAUAAUACUCACAGACUUUUCAGGUGAUGACGCUUUGCGGCAAGAUAGCUUUUCACGACAGUUCGUGUCCGAUUACUUUUCUGAGGAAGCUCUCAAAGAGGGAUUAGGAGGACCUCUGGAUUUCGAAGAGAUCCAAAUACUGGAUAGUCCAUCUAUUGGUAUAUCAGAGAAUGUGGAAAAUAACUUUAGAUUAGACCAUCGUUCAUAAUAAUGGACUCACUGCCGAUUUUGCGAUAAAAUAUUUGUGCGAAGAUAUGUUGACCCGUCUCAAAUGUUUCUGAACAAUUUCUGGUAUCUAAACUAAAUUAAUAUGUGUGAUAGAUAUAGUAACAGUGUGGCCAACCAAAUAUGUACGAGAUAAUGAGAUAAGUCAUUGCUUUCGCAUACUAUGUCUCCUAUAUAAGUGUAUUUCUUCUUAGAAGUUCUUUCAAACACAACAUUGAAUGUUGAAAAUUUAUUUAAAAAAAUUCAUUAUUUUCAUAAUUAAUAUUGGGUGAUGAAGUUUGCAUUAGCAGUGGCCUAGAAGUGCUCGAGGACAACAAUUAUUAUAUCAAAGACUGAUAAACAGUCUCUAAAUGACUGUUAUAAUUUAAUAACGAAUUUUUAGAAAACCAUAAGUUUAACUUAACCAAGGAAGAAUUGAUAGCUUGUUUCAAGUGUGAUCAUUUGGACAACUUAAAUCAAUAACAUAUUUCUAAAUGUCGGUUUCUUAGAGAUACUUUUUAUAAUGCUGGGCGCUUUAAUUUUAAGAUCUAUUUGUAUAUAAUACGUUUGUGAACUUUUUCAUCUUCUCAUGAAGGCAAAGUAGGUGUAAGCAACAGUUUUUUUUAUAUGAUCAAUUGAGGAAUAUUUCUGUAUAAAAUAAUUCUCAUUGUGAAUCUCCUGUUACAUUUUCAAGUAAAGACAAUUUAUGAUGAACCAACCUAGAUAGAUAUAAUAUACAUCUUUUGAGGUUUGGAAAAUAUUGAUUCAUGAUUCAUGGAGUGUAACUUUGCUGAACAUAAUAAAUUACUUGAAACUGUU